GUCGACCAGACGGCAAAUAAACACUAAGAUAGUAUAUAAUACAUUUGCCUUUUUCUAUCAUCGAGUAUGAACCAAGCGUUUCAGUUGCUAGUAAGAGUCCAGCCGAGCGGAAUAGCCUGAAACAUCACAUUAAUAUGAAGAAUUCCAGUGAACACCAAGGGACAUAUUCAGUGAUUUGAUGACCAUGAGACAGAGCCCAAGGAGACCCCUGAUCCUCAAAAGAAGAAAGUUGCCAUUUCAGCAAAAUGAUUCGCCAGCGCCAGCAGCAGCAGCAGCGGAAUCGCAAAGCCAGCCUGAUGCAUCAUCGGGUCCCAAAGAGCCUCCAAAGUCAUCUGCCAGUCAGUGCUUCCCUGAUGGCAUCCGCAUCAUGGAUCACCCGUCCAUGUCUGACACACAGGUGGUGGUCAUUCCCAAAACAGCCGACCUUCAGAGCGUUAUCGGGGCUCUAACUGCUAAGGGUAAAGAGUGUGGUGCCCAGGGACCCAACAAGUUCAUCCUUCUGAGUGGGAGUGGCAACAGUGACAAUGGGUCUUUUUGUCAGCCUGCUGCCGAAGAGGAUGACACCUCCACAAGAAGUACAGUCGGGCAGCCAAUGAAUCCAGACAGUGGGAUCAACUCCCCGGAUGCUAAACCUCUCACUGGGAUUAAAACAUUGAAUAAGGACCUGGAGUGCGGACCUUUGGAUGACAGCCUCACCAAUAUUCAGUGGCUGGGCAAAAUGAACACAUGUACCUUCGAACCAGAUGCUGCUAGGCAGAUGGCCAACAAGGAGAACCAAAACUCAAAUUCACAAACUGUUCAGGCACACAAACCUCAAACUGAAGCAGAAGCUGGUCUUAAGCAGCCCUUGUCAGAGAGGCCACCGUACUCCUACAUGGCCAUGAUCCAGUUUGCCAUAAACAGCAGGAAGAACAGGAGGAUGACACUGAAAGAGAUUUACAUGUGGAUUGAGGAUCAUUUCCCUUACUUCAGAGAGGUGGCCAAACCAGGGUGGAAGAACUCCAUCCGGCAUAACCUCUCUCUACACGACAUGUUCAUUCGUGAGACUUCACCAGAUGGUAAAAUUUCUUUCUGGACCAUCCGGCCUGAAGCCAAUCGGUGUCUCACUCUUGAUCAGGUGUAUAAGCCCGGUUGUGAUCCAAUGACUGCUCCUGUUCCCGUGCCAAUGCUUUUAUUUGCCCACCAACAAAAAAGGAUGCUUCCUGAUGCAAGAAAAACACCAAAUGGCUCUGAGAGAAGGAUGAAACCUCUCCUCCCUCGAACCGAUUCCUACUUGGUCCCUAUCCAGCUCCCCGUCACCUCCUCUGUCUACCUGCCGUCCUCUACAUCAUCCCCGUUCCCCGUGUCUUGCUCACAGUCACAGCAGAAACGCAAUACGCCACGAGGAACCAAGAGAGUCCGGAUAGCUCCCAAGGUGACUCAGAGCGACUCCCCUACUGUGGUGAUGUAUCCCCAGAACAACAAAGAACCCAAGGUCGAGGUGAAGGAGGAGCCAAUUUAUGCUCCGAUUAAAUGCGAGACUCCUAAGUCCCUUCCAAAAAGACAAGCCAGCAGCUCUCGGCGUAAACAGCGUCUGGUUCACUCUGUGCACGAGGAGCCCGUCCUCCUCUGCCCCGAUAACACUUUCUUUGACUCUGGCGUAGUCUCAGACGUCUCGACUUUCCACGACAGGCGAGAUACCGAGCUGGACGAGCACCACGACGAGCAGCACAGCCCAGACCGGGAGUUUUCCUUCAAGACCCCCAUAAAAAGUAGCAGCCACCUGGCCUCCUCCACUCCCAGCAAGCCCCCCUCUAACGUGUUACCCGAGCCCUGGAAAGUGACCCCAGUGGGCAAAGGGAGCCAAGACAUUCUGGACUUCAGCCCCAUUCGCACGCCGGGGGGUCCAGCAGUCACCCCCCGACACGACUACACCACCUUCAGCUUCAGCAGCACCCCCUUUAAAGACUUGCCUCUGUUUAACUCCCCCAGAGAGCUGCUCACAUCCGGCCCUUCCAGAGCGACGGGACCAACAGACUCUCCCAUCGAAUGCCUCCGCAGCAGCUGCUCCAGAGAGCUGCUCGGGGCGGGAGGCACCACGCCCGUUAACCGCUCCAUCACGGAGGGCCUCGUCCUGGACACCAUGAACGACAGCCUGAGCAAGAUACUUGUGGACAUUAGCUUCUCUGGUCUGGAUGAUGAUGACUUGGGUAUGGCUAACAUCAGCUGGUCCGAGUUCAUCCCUCAACUAAAGUAG